AUGUAAUUUAAUUUAAAUUUAAAUUUAAAUAAACAUGUCAACAGACAACUCAGAAUUAUUGAAUAAGUUUCUGACCGAAUUUAAUCAAUUAAAGAAAUAAAACUAAGAAUCUAAACAUAUCAAUCACUUACUAAAGAAAACUAAUUGUUGGUUUAAGAAUUAAAUAAAAUCAAAAAAGAAAAUCAAAGAUUGAUAGACAAUAAUUCAUUUCUUACUGAUUAACUUAAUUAAUUAAAAGAAUUGUAUUAAGAAACUAAGCAAGAAUUAUAAGAAUCAUUUAAUUUCAUCUAAACAAUUAAUAAAACUAUCAAAACCGGUACAUUUGAACACGAUGAUAAUGAUAUAAAUAAAUUAAUGGAAAUUUUUUCUGUAAAUUCUAUGGAAUAAUUAUUAAUUACUGCUGAAAAAGUUAAAACUGUCAUGUUAGGGGUUGCUCAUUUGGAAUAAUUUUGUAAACAAAUUUGUGAAUUAAUAUAUGACUAAAAUGAAGAAUAAUAUAAUUUAGAAUAAGUAUUUCCAAUAAUUCAAAAAUGGAAAUUUGAUUCUAAAUAUGUUGAUUGUUUCUUGAUCUUUAAAAAUUAAUUAGAAUAAACUCUUUAAUUAAAAUAAUCUACUGAUUCAUAGAUAUAUGAUGCAAUUAAAUCCUUAUAAAAUNGAUUUGAUAAAUAUAUAUGUGUAAAUUGCAUAAUAAAUCGAAAGACCCCCUCGAAAGAGUAAUCGAAUUAGUUAGAGAAUAAAAGCAAAAUCAUAAUCAGACAUUAAAUAAAAUGAAUAAUGAAUUUGAUUCAGAUGAAUCUAUAAAUUCAGAUGAAGCCAUUAAAACAAUAGAUUUUAAAUACUUGACUCCAAAUUUUCACCAUGAAUUAGAUGAUAAAGGUACUUCAGUAUAUAAAAGAAUGAAUGGCAUAAAUACAUUGAUGUGUAAAUUUAAAGAUGUGCUUAUAUGUAAAGAUGAAACUUAUUUAUAAUCGAAUGGGGUUAAGUCUACAAAUUAAGUAUCGACCUCAAAUAUGUAAACUCAAAGUAGACAAUAAAUUAAUCAUACAUUAGAAAAUCUAAAAUAGACUGAAAUUCAUUUAUCUAACUCUAGAAGAAGAUAUAAUUCACGUAAUUAAGUUGAUAAACAAUCUUAAAAUAGAUUAAACAAAAACUCAUAUAAACCUUAAACAAAUAUAAUAUCACCUCGGAAACCAAAGAGAUAAAUUUAUGUAACAUAAAUAGUGAAUAAAAAUAAUAAUGAUUUAAAUAGCUUAUCAUUUUCAUAUCCAUAAAGAAUAUCAAGAAUAUUGGCUAAUAAUGAUUGUAUGUAAUCACAAAAAGGUAGUUCUGCUUCUUCUUAAAAGGGUAUUUUAAAAUCAAGUUCUUUUGAAGUACUCAAAAUUGGAGGUAGAUUAAGUAUGUAAAGUCUUAAUAGUCCAAUGAUGAGACCAUCUAAUAAAUAAGUCUCUUUUGAAUUUACUAGUGAAUAAAUGCGAAAAUUAAGAAAUCAUAAUACAAGUAUUGAUCCUAAAAAGUAUUCAAGAUUAAAAACUAAAUUCUAGAAAUGA